CACACGGAGCGACAGCGGCGAAAGUCCGGAUGAUAGAGGCGACAAAACCGCUCAUCCUUACAUCAUUGGACUGAUUGAUAAAUUAAAAAGAUGAUGGAUCCUAUAAUCUGAAUUUAUAAUGAUAAAUGUGGAACAUGCCGAAGAGCGAAGGGAGAAUUCAAUACUCUGCGACAAAUUCCCUCCUUUUUCAGACGAAACGGAUACACAGCGAAUUAGACCUGCUCUUGUUUGGGGUUUUUUUUUUUUCAACUGGAGCCAUUCAUUUCUAACAGUUACUGUCAAGCACCGAACAAAUGCAGCAUUCUGCAUGUAUGCCUGAGGUACCAUCACUAAUGGCUUCAAAACCAUUCAAGAUUUACAGCUCCAAACGCACGUAAAUGCAUCAUGAUGCCUUCAAAAGUGUCGUGCCUCUACGUGUUGACAGUUGUUUGCUGGGCGAGCGCUCUGUGGUAUCUCAGCAUAUCCCGUUCCACAUCAUCCUACAUGGGCCAGCUGUCCGCGCCGGCGCAUAAAACGGUGAAAGUGCUCAAGAGCAUCAACGUGACAUUCAGCAACAUCAGGACUCGUCCGUUAAACCCCCACGCCUUUGAUUUCAUCAUUAACGAACCUAAAAAGUGCGAAACCAACGUGCCCUUCCUCGUUAUCCUCAUAACGACGACGCACAAGGAGUUUGAUGCUCGCCAGGCCAUUCGGGAGACUUGGGGUGACGAGAGCACAUUCAGCGACCUUCGCAUCAUCACGCUGUUCCUUCUCGGACGCAGUAUGGAUAGAGUUCUCAACCAGAUGGUGGAGCAAGAGAGCGAGAUCUUUCAUGACAUCGUAGUUGAGGAUUUUAUCGACUCGUACCACAAUUUGACACUCAAAACUUUGAUGGGAAUGCGUUGGGUGGCGACCUUCUGCAACCAGGCCAAGUAUGUGAUGAAGACGGACAGCGAUAUCUUCGUCAACAUGGAUAACUUGGUGUAUAAACUGUUGAAGCCGGCUACAAAACCCAGACGUAGGUACUUCACGGGAUACGUCAUCAAUGGCGGGCCCAUACGGGACAUGCGUAGUAAAUGGUACAUGCCUCGAGACCUUUAUCCAGAGAGCAAAUACCCGCCGUUCUGCUCGGGCACGGGAUACGUGUUCUCCGCAGAUGUGGCAGAGUUGAUCUACAAGACUUCUUUGCACACUAGACUCUUGCAUCUCGAGGAUGUUUAUGUUGGGGUGUGUCUGAGGAAGUUGGGUAUUCACCCAUACCAGAACAGUGGCUUCAAUCACUGGAAAAUGGCUUACAGUCUCUGCAGAUACCGAAGGGUCAUAACCGUCCAUCAGAUCUCGCCCGAGGAGAUGCACCGGAUCUGGAACGACAUGACCAGCAAGAAGCAUCUAAAGUGUUAGUCAAAGACGCCCGAGGACACGUUGUGUAUUUGUG